GCACCCUCGCCCCGCGCGGCGCCUCAGACGCGGGACUGUCCCAGCCCCGAUAUGGCUCGUGGACAGCAGAAGAUUCAGUCUCAGCAGAAAAAUGCCAAAAAACAAGCUGGACAGAAAAAGAAACAAGGACAUGAUCAGAAGGCUGCUGCCAAGGCUGCCUUGAUAUAUACCUGCACUGUCUGUAGGACACAAAUGCCGGACCCCAAGACCUUCAAACAGCACUUUGAGAGCAAACAUCCUAAGACUCCACUUCCUCCAGAAUUGGCUGAUGUUCAGGCAUAAAGUUGUUUACAGGUGAAUUCAUGGCACCUAUUGACUCUUCUACUAUCUCAGACCUUAGGUAACAAACCUGCAGCUGCUUUUCUAACAAACUGUUGAUCAGCAAAAAUAAGGGGGCUACAGAAACACUCAUUUUUAUGCUGUUCCCUUUUGGGCUUCAUGCAAAGACAAUUCUGUGUAAAUGUACAGUUGGGCCCUGAUUUGGAAAUCCUGAAAAUCAGUCCAUCCUUGUUAUAAAAAUUUUUUUACAAUUGUAAUUAUAUUGAUGUUCAUACUGUGUAAAAUAACUCAUUUAAUAAAGUAGUACUUUGAUUUUACAACAAAAAAAAAAAAAAA